AACGACGAAGAGUCAGUUCCCAACCGACAGCCGAACCGAGCAGGUCGAAAAUCGUAAACAGAUUUACGUGUUGAUAACGUGUUUUGAACUUGUGCGGAUUUGAUAACGACGGCCGACCGGUGGUAUAGGACGCAAUAAUGUACAAAUCGCUAUCAGUUUCGACGGUGGGCCCACUUUUGGUUUUGGCCAUCUGCAGUUUGGGCGUUGAGGGAGUGCACUUUGAAAAUUGCGGCGACGAGAAUACCAUUGGGAACUAUUCGUUGGUGGAAGUAUCCCGCUGCAAUUUGGCUGAGUCGGCAUGCGUUCUGAAGCGAAACACCAAUGCCACCAUUUCGAUCACUUUUACCUCAGAUGAAGAGGUCUCGGAACUAAAAGCAGUUGUGCAUGGAAUCAUCAUGGGGAUGGAGGUCCCCUUCAAGCUACCGAACGACGAUGGCUGCAAGGACAGUGGUUUGGAAUGCCCUCUGCCCGCUGAUGUUGAACACAAAUACACCACCACGUUGCCCGUUUUGAAGCAAUACCCGAAGGUGGCCGUUGAAGUGAAAUGGGAGCUGAAAGCGGGAGAUAAGGACGUAAUUUGUGUCAAAAUUCCAGCCAAAAUUCAGUAACCCAUAUGCAGGACGGCGUUUUCAAAUAAGGAAUCUCUAUGUGAACAGACAAUCAGCUGUCAAUGCAACAGUGGGAAGAAGCAACAAACCUUGGCGUGGACGAUUGCGGAGAAACCGUGGUGAAUUGAAUCAGAUUAGGAAUGGUCAAUUUAUGCUGUCCUGACCCACCUUUCUCACCGUAUAAUCGACGGUUUCCUUUCCUACUCCAAAUCCAAUUCCAUUUAUAUUCAUCCAUUCAUUCGUCAUCUUCCUCAUCAUUGUCCCGAUCGUUGUCGUACUCUGGAUAAAGUAACUUAAACUUGUGAUAUUCCGCCUCUCUGCCUUCGUUCUCGUCAAUCAUUCCCAAUUGUCGCAUUUGUAGUAAGCCAAGUUGUGAGCUCAACCAAUCAACAACAAAUAAAAAGCAGAAAUUCCCUCCAUGA